AUGGCAAAAUUUGAUGGUUAUUGUAUCAAUCGCAUACUUCAUAGAAAUCCCACGAUUGGAUACAGCGAAGGUAUCUUUGUGUUUAGGUGUUUAAUGUGCUAUUUGUGUAUAGAAAAAGUAAUGAGGAAUAUCAGGCACAGGAGUUCAACAAUAACUACUCAUAUGUUAACACAGUGCUUAGAUCUAGGACGAUAUUUGAGACCAUCAGUGAAAGAUUUGUUAGAGCAUCCAUUCAUUACAGGUAAAAGGUUAAGAGUCAUUGAAAGUAGAAUGAAACAGCUUGAUACCAAAACUGUAAGGUAA